AUGGCAGCCAUCUGGCUCCUGUCCUGUCUGGCCCUCCUGGGUCUGGCCAGUGGUUGUGGCGUUCCCGCCAUCCGCCCCGUGCUCAGUGGCUAUGCACGGAUUGUCAAUGGAGAGGAGGCAGUGCCUGGAUCAUGGCCCUGGCAGGUUUCCCUGCAGGACAACACCGGCUUCCAUUUCUGCGGGGGCUCCCUGAUCAACGAAAACUGGGUGGUCACUGCUGCCCACUGCAGUGUCAGGACAAGCCAUCUUGUGGUACUGGGUGAGUUCGACCAAGGCUCUCCUUCCGAGGAUGUUCAAGUCCUAAAUAUCGCCAAGGUCUUCAAGAACCCCAAAUUCAACAUGUUCACCAUCAAGAAUGACAUCACGCUGCUGAAGCUGGCCACCCCAGCCCGCCUCACGGCUCGCGUGUCUCCUGUGUGCUUGCCCACGGCCACUGAUGACUUCCCCGGGGGCAUGACCUGCGUGACUACUGGAUGGGGCCUCACCAAACACAGCGACAAGAACACCCCAGACACGCUGCAGCAGGUGGCCCUCCCACUGCUGACCAACGAGCAGUGCAAGAAGUACUGGGGCAACCGCAUCGCUGAUGUCAUGGUCUGUGCCGGAGCUGCAGGGGCCUCUUCUUGCAUGGGUGACUCCGGUGGCCCCCUGGUGUGCCAGAAAAAUGGCGCCUGGACGCUGGCAGGGAUCGUCUCCUGGGGCAGCAGCACGUGCUCCACCUCCAGCCCUGGGGUCUACGCCCGGGUCACCGAGCUCCUGUCCUUCAUUGAGGAGACACUUGCUAACAAUUAG